ACAAAACCUUCGGUGAUAAGAAUACUUUUUUUUUGGCACGGCUACUCUUUUCACCCACCAAUAAUAACCCCAAAAGUAAAACAAAGAACAUCACAGCGGAUAGAGCAGGUAGAAUCCCACACAAAAAGAGAAGACUAUUAACCUUUUAUUUGCGAAUGCUCGUUCCUACUCUUCAACAGGGCUCGAGUGCAGGUAUCACGGGUGGAAACCGGGAUCCUUCCAACGCAACUCGGAAUUCGCGCUCAGGCACCGCUCUGCUGCAGGUGUCGCGUGAAGCCGUGAAUUGAGGAGCCGCAAUUGGAAUUUACCUGCAGUUUCGCAGGCACAUGCAAGUUCAGAAUGACGGAUCGAUGGACACCAGGGCGCCACAUACGCCUUAUUUUUUUAAUAACGAUCAUAUUCAGCACAACUACGGCUAAACAAGCAGCCAAUCCGGUGGAUGUGUUGAAAAUACUGGACCUAUCAGAGGACAUGGAGGGCGUAUCGCUGGAGGCGGGCAUUUGCACAAGCAGGGAGGGUCGGGAGGAGACUGACCUCUCCUUCAAAAUCGACAAGAAGAUUCAACUGAGCGCCCCUACCAGCCAGCUGUUCCCCGACUCCGUGUUUCCCAAAGACUUCUCUGUGAUGACCACCAUAAGGGCCCGCAAGGGCUCCCAGUUCUUCCUGUUCUCCCUGUAUGACUCCCAGGGAACCCAGCAGCUGGGCCUGGAGGUGGGACGCUCCCCAGUCUUCCUCUAUGAGGACCAGGAGGGCCAGCCCCCACCCGAACUCUACCCCACCUUCAGGAAGGUCAACCUGGCCGACGGCAAGUGGCACCGGGUGGCGUACAGCGUGGAGGGCCAGUCGGUGACACUGUACCUGGACUGUGAGAAGGUGGACACCAUGGACCUCCUCCGGGGCCCCGACCCCGAGAUCAGCACCGGGGGGGUCACGGUUUUCGGCACUCGCCUGCUCGACGAAGAGGUGUUCGAGGGAGACAUCCAGCAGCUGCUGAUAGUGGAUGACCCAAGAGCAGCCGAGACCUACUGCCAGGACUACAUCCCAGACUGCUACACCCACCUGCCCUACAACAGCAUCCUCAAUGAGACAGACACGCUGGAUACGUCCACCAGGAAGCGCGUGCGGGAGGAGUUUGAGGAGUAUGACUACAGUGAGCUUUAUUCAGACCUUUCCACAGAGGUGGCCAGUCCCAACAUCACAGAGUACGAGAUUGUGGAAUACGAGGACUACGACAACGGGACCGAGCACCAGGUGAGGGAGUACGAGUACGAGGAGGUGUACGAGGACCGCUACGGGCCGGCAGAGAGAGAGGGAGGCGACUCCUGGAAUGCACAGGAUAUCCCGGAGAAAGGCGAUAAAGGAGAACCAGGGAUGAUGGGAUAUGGCACAAUGUUAGAAGGACCCCAUGGAUUUCCAGGACCUCCGGGAGAUAUGGGACCUUCUGGUCCGACAGGACUGGUGGGACCUCGAGGGGAUCCUGGAGAGUUGGGACCGCAAGGACGUCCGGGCAUCAAUGGAGCCGAUGGGAUUCCCGGCCCCCCAGGGAACAUCAUGCUCAUACCGUUCCAGGCGGGUGGAGACCCCAUGACCGGCCCAGUGGUCUCAGCCCAGGAGGCCCAGGCCCAGGCUAUCCUCCAGCGGACCAAGCUGGCCAUGAAGGGCCCCCACGGACCUCUGGGCCUCAGGGGCCGGCCCGGGCCCCUGGGUUUAUCGGGCCCUUCAGGGUUGAAGGGAAGCAACGGGGAAACGGGGCCGUCGGGCCCGAGGGGGAUGCAGGGCAGUCCGGGGCAGAACGGCCGUCUAGGGAAACUGGGCAGAUCGGGUACAGAUGGGACCCGCGGUGCAAUAGGAGAGUCAGGCUCAAAGGGGAGCAGGGGUUUCGAUGGGCUGCCUGGUCUCCCUGGAAACAAGGGACACAAGGGGGAGCGAGGGAAGCAAGGCCAUCAUGGCCCGUCUGGGAUUUCGGGUGAAAAGGGUUCAGAGGGCCCACCUGGUCCAAGAGGACAAGCAGGGGAUGCUGGUUCCAGAGGUAUGAAUGGCCCAAGAGGAAAUCCCGGACCCUUAGGUCAGCCUGGCAUCCGGGGGGUGGAUGGAGUUCAAGGGUCAAAGGGGAACCAGGGACUAUCAGGUGAGGUUGGGGCACCUGGACAACAGGGGAACAUCGGAAUACUGGGCUUCCCUGGCCCACAAGGCCUCGUGGGGCACCCCGGGGAGAAGGGACCCCAAGGCAAGAAGGGGAUGCAGGGCUUACCUGGAAAUGAUGGGCCGACUGGUCAUCCAGGCAGAGAGGGGACUCCAGGGGAGAAGGGAUUACCUGGUCCGCUGGGCAUGCAGGGGCCUGUCGGAUAUCCUGGGUCCCGGGGAGUCAAGGGCGCGGACGGAAUCAGGGGGUUGAAGGGAAGCAAAGGAGAGAAGGGCGAGGAUGGCUUCCCCGGGUCCAAGGGGGAGAUGGGGGUGAAGGGGGACAACGGGGACAACGGGGCCACGGGUAACCGAGGAGAAGACGGACCUGAGGGGCCCAAGGGCCAGCUCGGCCCUCUGGGAGAAUCCGGCAUUCUGGGCGUCGCCGGCGAGAAGGGUAAACUGGGGGUUCCCGGGUUGCCUGGUUACCCGGGGCGACAGGGACCCAAGGGAUCAGAUGGAUUCCCGGGCACAGUCGGGUCCGAAGGAGAGAAAGGGAAGAAGGGUCCAGGGGGGCAGCAAGGAAGUGGGGGCCAGAGGGGUCCCAAUGGGGCGAGAGGUUCCAGAGGAGCCAACGGGCCCACGGGGAAACCAGGAGAAAAGGGGUCGUCCGGCCACGACGGUUCAUCAGGACCAACUGGAGAGAGAGGACCUCAAGGGCCAUUGGGAAGGAAUGGAGAGUCAGGGCCCAAAGGAGCAGUUGGACCAUCCGGUAAAGAUGGACUCCCAGGUCAUCCAGGGCAGAGAGGAGAGCCGGGAUUCCAUGGGAAAACGGGCCCCCCCGGGCCAACAGGGGUCGUGGGACCCCAGGGUAAAUCCGGGGAAACGGGGCCGAACGGUGACCGGGGUCAUCCGGGGUCUCCGGGGGUCCCCGGAGAGCAGGGGUUACCAGGUGCUGCCGGGAAGGAGGGGGCAAAGGGGGAUUUCGGGACUCCUGGAACCUCGGGUAAGAACGGACCGACCGGACUCAGAGGAUUCAGAGGAAGCAGAGGAGCCCCCGGAGGAGCGGGUCCUGCUGGACUUAAAGGAGGCGCCGGCCCUACCGGAUCUUCAGGAGCCGUAGGGUCGCUAGGGGAGCGCGGACCCCCAGGACCUGCGGGUGCCAUCGGUCAGCCUGGGCGGGCUGGGGCCAUCGGUGGACCAGGAUCAGGCGGGGAGAAAGGAGAACCUGGUGAUAAAGGCCCCGUUGGGCCGGCUGGUCAGGACGGGGAGCAGGGGCCCGUUGGACUGCUCGGAGCCAUCGGGCCAGCGGGGCCCUCAGGAGACGACGGAGACAAGGGAGAGACGGGUGGACCAGGACAGAAGGGCAGCAAAGGAGACAAGGGGGAGGGGGGUCCUCCGGGGCCCAAUGGCGGUCAGGGGCCCAUCGGUCAAUCAGGCACACCGGGGCUGGAUGGAGAGCUUGGUCCCAGGGGCCAACAGGGGAUGUACGGGCAGAAGGGAGACGAGGGACUCAGGGGCUUCAAGGGCUCCAGGGGGCCAAUAGGAUUGCAGGGCAUGCCAGGUCUACCAGGGGAGAAGGGGGAGAGUGGCCAUGUGGGACUGAUGGGGCCUCCGGGACAGCAGGGCCCCACUGGCCCCCAGGGGUCGGUUGGAGGAAUAGGUCCUGCCGGCAGGCUGGGGAUGAUCGGGCAGCCAGGGGUUCUCGGAGAGAAGGGAGAGGAUGGAGAGUCUGGUGAUCCAGGACCCGUUGGUCUGGCAGGGACAAUGGGAGGGAAGGGCGACCUGGGGGAGAAGGGAGACUCAGGCCUCCCAGGAGCAGCGGGGCCCCCAGGGGCCCGGGGCCAGCACGGGGAGGACGGGCCCAAGGGCAACUCUGGUCUUAUAGGUGUAACUGGUGACUCAGGCCAGCCCGGAGAAGCUGGGCCAAAUGGUGUGGAUGGACUUCCCGGCACCAAGGGGGACAUCGGAGACACUGGCAAAACCGGACCCCCAGGAGCAUCCGGAGAGCCUGGGCCGACGGGACCGCCUGGAAGACGGGGCCACUUGGGGAAAUCAGGAAAGGAGGGCAAGACAGGCAUGAAAGGAACAAAGGGAUCACCCGGGAUGGAGGGCUUCGUAGGGAAGACAGGACCCGUCGGAGCACAGGGGAACUCUGGGAAACCUGGCCCCCAGGGACUAAGAGGGAUACCCGGCCCCGCAGGAGAGCAGGGACUGAACGGACCUCCAGGACAGACUGGACCCCCUGGGCCAAUGGGCCCUCCGGGAUUACCAGGACUGAAGGGAGACCCAGGCAGGAAGGGAGACAAGGGUCACGGAGGUCUGAUUGGUUUAAUCGGCCCACCUGGAGACGUGGGAGAGAAGGGAGACAGAGGAUUGCCAGGGAACCAGGGCCUGCCGGGUCAUAAAGGAGACGAGGGUGUAGUUGGCGGUGCCGGCCCCCACGGGCCCCCCGGCCCCCAGGGUCUGUCUGGUGGGUCCGGAGACAAAGGAUCUAAAGGAAACCCGGGUCCUAUCGGCCCCAGAGGGGACAAUGGUCCCGCUGGGCCUCCAGGCCAACCAGGCCGACCUGCGGUGGGCAUGGCCCCUCUGUCCGAGGUGUGGAGGAGGCGGCGGGCCCCCAGCAUCGUGGACGGUGCGUCCCUGGGGGAGGCGGACGGCGGGCAGGAGCAGGAGGAGGGCUUCCAGGGGGACCAGGCGGUGACGGAGGGCCGGGGGCCUGUGGUGGCCGGCCAGCAGCAGGGCAUGCCCGAGGUCUUCGCCUCCCUGUCCUCCAUGAGGGUGGAGGUGGAGGGCCUGAGGAACCCCAUGGGGACCUUCCACAGCCCCGCCCGCACCUGCAAGGAGCUCCACAUGCUGAACCCGGCCCUCACAGACGGUGAGUAUUGGAUAGAUCCUAACCAGGGUUGCCAUAGAGACUCCUUCAAGGUGUUUUGUAAUUUCACCGCACAAGGAGAGACUUGCUUGCACCCUGACAAGAAGUUCCAAUCGGUGAGGCUGGCAGGCUGGAAGGGAGAGAAGCCUGGGAGCUGGUACAGCACCUUCCGCAAGGGAAAACAGUUCUCCUACUCCAGCUCCGACGGGCUCCCGGUGCACGUGGUGCAGCUGACCUUCCUGAAGCUGCUGAGCGCCACGGCCAAGCAGAGCUUCACCUACCACUGCCUCAACUCGGCCGGCUGGCUGGACGCGGCCAGCGUGGGCCACCGCCGCGCCCUGCGCUUCCGCGGCUCCAACGGCGAGGAGCUGACGCACGAGAACGCGCACUACAUCGACGCCACGUACGACGGCUGCCAGACCCGGUCGGGCCAGGAGAGGACUGUGUUGGUGUUGGACUCCCCCAUGUCCGAGACCCUCCCCAUCUUGGACGUGGCCGUGUCCGACUUUGGGAACGGGAACCAGAAGUUCGGCUUCCAGGUGGGCCCGGUUUGCUACGGCGGUUAAGCACUACAGCCCCCCACCGCCACCCACCACCACCCCCAUCCAGCCCUUCAUUCCACCACCACCACCACCACCACCACCAC